GAGGACUGAUUAGCGCGGCGUCUGUUCACUGACACACGGCGUCAUCUCUCCAGAUUCCUUCUUUUCUUUUUUUUUCCUCCAGGAGGAACACGCGUGUCUCGGAACAGACCUUCCCGACGCGAGACUCUUCUUCAGGGGCAACGAGAAGUAAAGAGUUGUUUAUGCUUCUUUUUUUUUUAAUAACCGGUCCGUGCGCUGAUCCUUAAAUCUCCCCGAUGACCUCCAUCAUUUGACAGCCCGACGCGGGAUGGAAGCCGUCAUCCUCUGAGCCGUCAAUCAGGACCAGACGGUUCAAGGAACACGGAUCAAGACGUGACAGGGGGGAGACGCAUAAGCGAGAAAAAAAAUCCGCUUUGCUGCGUCUCUGCGUUUUUGUUUUUUUUAAAUUUUCGUAUAGGACCGACCGGAUUUUUUUCUUCUCUUUUUCUACCAACUUCAGACUUUCAAAAUACUAGUUCCUUGCGUCAACACCCUAUUGCGCAACAGCUCUUCGCCCCGUUGAAUAGCGCGUCAGAGCAGCGCGCUCCUGCGUCGCCUCCUCCCGACCGGAGUCAUGCACCGGUGACCCGCGUGGGCAGCGGGGCUGCUGCUACACGAGCAAACCCGGCCGGAGCGAGCACACUUGCCACUGAUGAGGUGGAAAGUAUAGCUGCCGCUCUGAGAGAUAACUCUUAACUCCAGAUUCUUCCGUUCAUGCCCCACGGACUGCGGAUCCACUAAAGCAAAACGACCCUUCCUUCUGUCGAGGUCUCAUGCCUAUAUGUCGUUGGUUCAUUCACGCCGUGAUAGACCUCUCACCUGCUGCGUCCUCCAUCUUCGGCACAGAUUUCUGACAGGCCGCCUUCUGCUGGCUUACGUGGACAAUCGCCCCCACGCCGCCGGUGAUCUGUCAGUGUCCUGGCGUUAUUUGGUGCACACAGGCUCAUUGUGGAGCUCAACAGGCUUAUAGUUAAAUAGUGGAAACAAAGGCCCCUUUGGUGCGGACAAAAGGCAGAAACCUGAGACACAGUGAUAUUCGUCCCUCUGGGGACGCUCUCACACACUGAGAGGCUGAGUGAUUUAGAUCCCGAGGGCGGCAGGAAAGACCCUUUCUACGUUGCUGAAGACCAGAUAAGCAAGAAGAAGAAAAAGAAUCCCUCAGUCCUCCAACCAGCUCCUUGUGUGAGGGGGAAAAAGGAGAAGAAGAGGAAGACACCCGAGCGGACCACACCCAAAGCACCGAGGGUCUCCUCCCACCUCCCGCACUUGUUUUCCUAGUGGGGACACCUUUGGCAUCGUAGAGGAUUUGAGCACCAAGCUGGAGUAGCUGCCGUCCAGAUCUGUGUUGUGUCUCCCUUUCUGAAGUGUGUGUGUCUCUGCGUGUGUCUGUGUGUUUUUGACGAACGCCGAGAGCCUCCGGCAGUCCCUGUUCUUGAGUCAGCAUGUCUGCAGUCAUGGAGCUGCUGCUAUCUCUGGCCCUCCUGGCGCUACAAGCGUCUCCGUGCCGCGGGGCCUGCGUGGAAGUGGACUCGAACACCGAGGCCGUGGCCCACGAAGCCUUCCCACUGGGCUGCAUCUCCUGCAAGAUGAGGGGCGAGGUGCCCGCGACCGCACACGUCGAGUGGUACUUUAAGGCCUCGGACGCCGACAACUUCACCCACUUGUACAGCUACGUGAAGGGCAAAGCCGCCAUCGGCGACCCGCGUUUCUACGAUCGCCUGCAGUGGAACGGCAGCAACCACACGGACGACCUCCAGGACGGCUCCAUCGUCAUCCUCAACGUGACCCUCAACGACACCGGGACGUACAAGUGCAUUUUCAAGCGCACCCUCAAGUAUUCCAACUUCGAGUUUCAAACCUCCUCCAACAAGACGGUGUUGGUGAAAGUGGUGCCGAAAUUCACCAGGGGGCUGGCCUCCAUCUUGUCCGAGGUGAUGAUGUACGUCUCCAUCAUCGGGCUGCAGGUGUGGCUCGUGAUCGAGAUGAUUUACUGCUACAGGAAGAUAUCGGCGGCGGGGGAGGAGGCCCUGAGAGAGAGCGCGGCGGAGUACUUGGCCGUAGCGCCGGAAACCAAAGAUCCGUGUGCGGCAGUACAAGUGGCAGAAUAGAACCGGUCGAAGGAAGAACUUGAGCUGGAUUACGAGAGUAUUUUUAAGGUUCCCCCUCUUCGCUCACAUGCCGCCAUCCUCUUCUCCAGAUGUGGGGAAAUGAAAAGAAGCCGGAUCACAGGGAGGCGGAGACUUCUUUUCUUUGAGUGACUUUCUACAAAAAGGUGGAGAAGCCUGAACUGUGUCCUGGAGGAUCGGGUCCAACCGUACACGCACAGAUAAUCUCUAAUAUCGCUACUAUAAGGCCUACAUUUACACGCACAGCCUGCAUGGAGAAAAGCCAUUCAUUACAGCCGGCAUCCUGCGCCGAAGUCAAGUUUGUCUUUUGGGACACCGCUGAACAGGUUCAAAACUGGAUGGCAAACGUUCGUACUAGAAGGCAGCAUUUUUAAAUGUUUCACACUAAGAUAUAACAUGUAGCAGAACGUCUCAGAAAGCACGAGUUACUUAUAAAAACAUAAUAGAAUGUGUGAGAAAGAAGCAUCGAGUCUAGUUAAUGUUCAGCUCGUCUCUCCUGCGAAAGGAACAUGGCGUCCUUUGCAAAUCCGUGGUAUUAGAUAAACUUUAGGACUUUAGUGUUAAGUAUUACUGGGGGAGCAACAGCGCUGACUUCCUGUGUCAGUGAGAAGAUGAAGCCCAGCUCAUUGGAGGCAGCAGAUAUGUCUUGGGUGAAUUUCUUUUGGAAUAAAAUGGUAAAUUGAAGAGUCUGAGCUUCUUUCCAUGAACAACACAUCUCGCCCCGAACAAAGUAAAGUCCAGACAUCAAAAGGAAUAAUAUUAAUAUGGUUGCUCAUUGCGCCAUAUGUCUUUCUAAUUUUACUUUAGGACACAGAA